CAAACACAACUUUGAAAGUUCAUGCAGCCGCUGUGCAGGACGUCCCGCUAAAGAGGGAAAAAAAAAAAUCUGCUGAAGAGCAAACACAGCACAAGCUGAAAGACUGAAAGCAACAACCACUCCGAAGCAGCUUUAUUCCCCAAACCUUGGGGACAUUGGCUUGCGAAAAUGGGCUUCCAGACGAUAUUUAGCUGUCGUCGGGUUAUUUUAAAAGUUUUUUUGCUUCAGUUCAUCGUGUUUCAAGCAACAAAGGCUCGUCCGUCUCCUUUAAUCAGGUUUCCCGGAGACGAUUCCCCGAGAACAGACAAAGAAGUUGCUCUGCACUAUCUGAAUAAGUUUUAUGGAUGCCCACAAGACAGAUGCAACCUUAUGGUGCUCAAAGACACAUUGAAAAAAAUGCAGAAGUUCUUCUCCUUGCAAGAAACUGGAGAAAUAGAUGCCAAAACGGUGGAGAUCAUGAAAAAGCCCCGCUGCGGUGUCCCAGAUGUGGCUAAUUACAACUUCUUCCACAGGAGACCCAAGUGGCAGAAGAAGGACGUUACCUACAGAAUCCUGGGAUACACUCCUGACCUGGAUGAGGAAGUCAUAAAUGAUGCUUUCUACAGAGCCUUUAAAGUAUGGAGUGAUGUCACACCACUUUCUUUCACCCGCAUUAUGGAUGGAGAGGCUGACAUCAUGGUUAAUUUCGGCCGCAAUGAACAUGGAGACGGUUAUCCUUUUGAUGGCAAAGAUGGCCUCUUGGCUCAUGCCUUUGCUCCGGGACCAGGAAUUGGGGGAGAUUCCCAUUUUGAUGAUGAUGAGCAGUGGACCCUAGGAGAGGGCAAUGUGGUGAAAGUGAAGUUUGGCAAUGCUGAUGGAGAGUUCUGUAAGUUCCCCUUCCUGUUCAUGGGCACCGAGUACAACAGCUGUACGCCUCAGGGUCGAGAUGAUGGAUUUCUGUGGUGCUCCACCACCUACAAUUUUGAUGAAGAUGGCAAAUAUGGCUUCUGCCCUCAUGAAUUGCUUUUCACCCUUGGUGGUAAUGGAGAUGGGGCUCCUUGUAAAUUCCCCUUCAACUUUCAGGGGGAAAGUUAUGACAGCUGCACCACUCAGGGCAGGGAUGAUGGAUAUCGCUGGUGUGCCACCACUGAGGACUAUGACCGUGACAAAUCCUAUGGCUUCUGCCCUGAAACUGCAAUGUCAACAGUGGGAGGAAAUGCAGAGGGAAGCCCCUGCGUCUUUCCUUUCAUCUUUCUUGGAGACAGCUAUGAUUCCUGCACUUCUUCUGGACGCAGUGAUGGAAAGAUGUGGUGUGCUACCACUAAGAACUACGAUGAUGACCGCAAAUGGGGUUUCUGUCCUGACCAAGGUUACAGUUUGUUCCUGGUGGCGGCCCAUGAGUUUGGUCACGCUCUGGGUUUGGAGCACUCCCAGGAUCCCGGAGCCCUGAUGGCUCCCAUCUAUACUUUUACCAAAGACUUCAGACUUUCUCAUGAUGACAUCCAAGGCAUCCAAGAGCUCUAUGGUGUGCCCACUGACAAGCCUUUGCCGCCAACCCAGGGUCCUGUCACUCCAAUGGACAUUUGUAAAGAGCCAGUUAUCUUUGAUGCUGUUGCACAAAUCAGAGGAGAGACUUUUUUCUUCAAAGACAGGUUCCUUUUCAGGUCAGUCAACUUCAGAAGCAAACCCAGUGGCCCUAUGCUAGUGGCCACCUACUGGCCGGACCUGCCUGCGAAGAUAGACGCUGCCUAUGAAAACCCAGUGGAGGAGAAAACAGUCUUCUUCUCAGGUGAUGAGAUGUGGGUUUACAAAGCCGAUGAGCUGGAAAGAGGUUACCCGAAGAGGCUCUCCAGUCUUGGACUUCCCACAGACAUCCAGCAAAUCGAUGCUGCCUUCAACUUUAGAAAGAACAGGAAGACUUACUUAUUUUCUGUGGACAAAUUCUGGAGAUAUGAUGAAAAUAGUAAGGCAAUGGACCCUGGCUUUCCCAAACUUAUUGCUGACUCCUGGAAUGGUAUCCCUGAUGCCAUUGACUCGGCUUUCAGUCUGAAUGGAAUUGAUUACAGCUACUUCUUCAAAGGAAACCACUAUUUCAAACUAGAAGACAGCAGUUUGAAGAUUGUCAAGUUGGGAGAAAUCACAAAGGACUGGCUUGGUUGCUGAACAUUUACCAAAAUGUUUCACAGCAGGUGAUGGUGGUCUUGUGAGGUCAUCCAUGUUAAUCGCAUGCAACCUGAGGUUGCUGCAGUUCACACUGUUAUACAUUUUUAGCCUAACAACUCUGCACGCUUCUGUGGGACACAUGUACCUCCAGCCUGUAUAACCAGUCUCAGCUUUGUAGAAUGGUAUCUCAAGACCUUUUACAUGGGCUAAAUGUAUGCAUCUGGUAAAUUGCUUUAUUUUUAUGUGAUUUUGUAAUUAUAUGACUUUGAUGCACAUUUUAAAAAAAAGAUAUGAUCCCCUUUUUUUCUAUGUUUUUGGUUAGUUUAUUUUUUUUUAGGAAGACAGACAUCAGGUAUGUCCACACUGCAUUGCAGUGUUAUAUUAUACCAAGAGGCUAUUUUUGCUAAUUCUGAUUCUAAAAAUUCUAAAAAUACUGGCCACAGAUUACUUCUACAUCCAGUGUAAAAAGCUUUAUAUAAACGUAUCAGCUGUAUUAAUUUUCUCCUUGUUGUGCAAAAAAUGUACAUGCACAAUGUGACCGAGAAUGGUGCUUUCAGAAUUUGCUUUUUGCAUAUAGUCCUACAUUUAUAGUGUGUAUUUUGUAUUUUGUACUUUAUGGGAGUACUUAGUACCAUCUGGAUGUUAGAAAGUAGCGAUCAAAGGCUUGUUAUUCUUUCUUUGGUUUGCACUUUGUAUACGAAAGGCACAGGUUGCCUCUAGAGGCUAUAUAAGUUUGCUCCAUGAUGGAACAAUAACAAGAAUACUGCAGUAGUUUUGUUUACUUGUGUUUUUAUGUUAAGAUUUUUGUUUUAGGUUUUAACAAUAUAGUCAUUAGAUCUUGUAUUUUUUUCUAAAGCUUGUGCACUUUGUCACUGACAUCAAUAAACAUGGUUAUUUUAACUCUUA